GCGUCGCGCAUCACGUGACUUCCGCAUUGCGUUUUAAAGCGCUUAAUAAUUGACUGUGUGUCAACAACUCUCGAGCUUCUCUCUCGCGUGCUGUCUCAAAGGUCUCCAGUGCAGCACAGAGCACCAUCAUGAGCGGCUGCAGGACAAUGAGCAAAGACGAGCUGGAGCACCAGUUCUCCCCCAGCCACUGGUCACACAGGAUGUCCGCCGAUGACGUGAUCAGAGCCCAUGUGGCCGCUCUCAAAGCAGGCACAGAGAAAGCUCGGUCCGUCACUCAGACUUUGCUGGACGUCCCGUACGGUGAUGGUGACGGAGAGAAGCUGGACGUUUAUGUUCCCAGCAGCUCUAGUCCAGACGUGCCGCUGCUCAUUUACUUUCAUGGAGGGUACUGGCAGUUCCUCAGUAAGAACGAGUCUGGGUUUCUAGCCGUGCCAUUGGUCCAGAGGGGUGUGGUCGUGGUUGCCGUGGGUUACAGCGUCGCUCCUAAAGGGGAUAUGGAUCUGAUGGUGUCACAGGUGCGCAGGAGCGUGGUGUCUGUCGUCCAGCAGUAUUCACACAUCAGUGGUCUUUAUCUGUGCGGUCAUUCGGCAGGAGCUCAUCUGGCCGCUAUGGUUCUGUCCACCGACUGGACACAGUACGACAUAUCACCGCAAAUCAAAGGUUCAUCUGCUUUAAAAACACUCCGGCUCUUAAUCUGCAAGCACUUAGAAUUAACCCUGUAUCGCCUGACAUGUGAAAUAAUUAUAGAUUUGGUUUUUAAAUGGAACAGAUUUAGACGAAAUACGUGACCCUGGAGCAC